AUGAAAGAAAUUCAAAACUCGCCUUCAUCUCGAAGUAUUUCUAAAACUGCGUCUCAAAAUGAGGAACGAGUCAAUCGUACUUGGUUCCUCACUUGGGUAUUCAUCGGUGCAUUAGUAAGUGGCGUUGUACUCGGUGUUUUUCUCACUUUAUAUCUGAGCGAACUAUUACGCAAGGAUGUCACUACUUCAACAACAACUACUUCAACAUCUACAUCAACGACAACAACAACAGAAUCAACGACAUCCAGCACUUCGUCAACAUCUACGUCAAUGUAUCCUCUUGUACCACCUGGGAUGAUUAUGUUAUGGAGUGGAUCUACCGCAACUGUUCCUUUGGGUUGGGGUGUUUGUGAUGGUACACAAGGUACACCCGAUUUACGAGAUCGAUUCGUCCUUGGAUCCGGUACCGGUUCCACAUAUGCACCAACACAAACUGGUGGUUCAUCAAGUCAAACACCGACUGUUACCGUACAUGAUACUACACUGACUGUAGCACAAAUGCCAAGUCAUUCACAUGGUGGUAGUACAGAUAUUGAAAAUACUGGUACAAUAUAUUAUGAUAUCAACAGUAAUCCUUGCAGUGCAAGUCCAUUGAAUACAGGUCCUCCGCGAUGGAUCAAUACUAAGAAUUAUAAUCAAUGUGGCAAUUGUCAACAUCAGCAUUCAAUACGGGCGGAUGGUGGGAGUCAGCCACAUACACACACAGCUGACAUCACAUCGAUAGAUGUAACACCGCCGUUUGUUGCUUUACUUUAUAUUAUGAAAUUGUAA